GCGGCGCCAUUUUGGAAGUCCAUCGCCAGAAGCGGCAGUUGCGAGGGAAAUCUCAGAGUGGAGUGCAAAGUCUGCAAACCGGUAGUGAAGGUUGUGUGUUCUUCCACUGAAAGUUGUUUAGCUUUCGUUGUAUCUGCUGGAUCGAGGACUUUUGUGGUUAUUUAUAAUCCUGCACACCCAGCAAAGCUUAAUUCCUCCUCAGCUAUUCGGACAGAACCACCCAGUCAGUCAUCCGAUCUGGGUCCAGUCCAGGGCCUGAAGCAGUAGCAGGAACCCCAGUCUGAACCCCUCACCAUGGCAGGACCCGGUGGUGGGAGCAGCGAUGUGCAGUGGUACUUCUCCCAGGUCAAAGGCGCGAUGGACGAUGAUGUAGCAGAAGCUGACAUCAUAUCUACUGUUGAAUUCAAUCACUCUGGUGAGCUGCUUGCCACUGGUGACAAGGGGGGGCGUGUUGUCAUCUUUCAACAGGAGCCAGAGAGUAAGAAUCAGGCACAGUGCAGAGGAGAGUACAAUGUUUACAGCACCUUCCAGAGCCACGAGCCCGAGUUUGACUAUUUGAAAAGUCUUGAGAUCGAGGAGAAGAUCAACAAGAUUCGAUGGUUACCUCAGAAGAAUGCUGCACAGUUUCUUUUAUCAACAAAUGAUAAAACUAUAAAACUGUGGAAAAUCAGUGAGCGUGACAAGAGAGCAGAGGGCUAUAAUUUAAAAGAAGAAGACGGGCGAUACAGAGAUCCCAAUUCUGUCACAACACUACGGGUACCGGUGCUGCGGCCCAUGGAUCUGAUGGUGGAAGCCAGUCCCAGACGAGUGUUUGCAAAUGCUCACACCUAUCACAUCAACUCCAUAUCAGUAAACAGUGAUCAUGAGACCUAUUUGUCUGCAGAUGACUUGCGCAUUAACCUUUGGCACUUGGAGAUCACCGAUCGCAGCUUUAAUAUUGUUGACAUUAAACCUGCCAACAUGGAGGAGCUGACAGAAGUGAUCACAGCGGCAGAGUUUCACCCUAACCAGUGCAACACCUUUGUUUACAGCAGCAGCAAGGGAACCAUCCGUUUGUGUGACAUGAGGGCAUCAGCUCUGUGUGACAGACACACAAAAUUGUUUGAGGAGCCUGAAGAUCCAAACAACCGUUCGUUCUUUUCUGAGAUCAUCUCAUCCAUCUCUGAUGUGAAGUUCAGCCACAGCGGGCGCUACAUGAUGACACGUGACUACUUGUCGGUCAAAGUUUGGGAUCUCAACAUGGAAACGCGACCAGUAGAGACAUAUCAGGUGCAUGAAUAUCUCAGGAGUAAGUUGUGUUCACUUUAUGAGAACGACUGCAUCUUUGACAAGUUUGAAUGCUGUUGGAAUGGAAAUGACAGCGUUGUGAUGACGGGCUCCUACAACAACUUCUUCAGAAUGUUCGACAGAGGCUACAGGCAGGACAUGACCUUCGAGGCCUCGCGGGAAAACAGCAAGCCACAGUCGGUCCUGAAGCCUCGCAAAGUAAGCACAGGUGGGAAACGCAAAAAGGACGAGAUCAGUGUAGACAGUUUGGACUUUAACAAGAAGAUCCUUCACACUGCUUGGCAUCCUCUGGACAACAUCAUUGCUGUGGCCACCAUCAACAAUCUUUACAUCUUUGAGAAUAAGAUGAACUAGUUGUUAUAUCCUCGGAUCACAGUUUCCUCUUGAGCCCUGGUUCUCUAAAACUUUUUUUUUUUAUUCCUUUUGCUAAACCUCCAAAUCUUGAUAAAAACUUGUCCCUAAAGGUGUGUGUGACAAGGCUAAUCUUGUAAACAACAGAUGGUUGUAUCAACAACAAGCAUCCAACCAGGCUAUAACAGGUGUUAUUUAGUGGUGUUCUUUCUUUAGGAGCACUCCAUUCACUGAGCUUCCACUCCACUACAUCUCAGACUAAAAGGAAAUAUUUGUUUUAUCAUUUGAUUGUGCCAUAGUGUCAUAUUUAAUUCAUUGGUUAUAGCUACCAGUUUGUGUUUUGUAGCUAUAAUGUUUGUGAAUACUCCAGCUGUUCAUUCUGCUGUUUUGACGUCUUUCUCACUUUGUUUCUGGCCUUAAACACUGUUCUUGGAAGCUGUCAACACGUUUUAUGCCCAGUCACUGUCAAGUUGCCAAGUCCUCACCAUCAUUUUCCUAUUACUUAUUCAAAAGUCUUAAUGUCUUGUCCUGUUUAGCUCAUUGUGCAGCUGAUAAACCUGCUAACGUUUGUCCAAAUCGUUUCUCAGACCAAAUUUGUACUUCAAAGCCACUAAAGUUCCACAUUCAUCUCUACUGGAAGAAAGUCUCCUUACUUGAAGCUGACAUUUUAUUACAUUGCUUCUUGUUGCCUUUUAGUAAGUAUUUGUUUAGGUGUAACAUUUUUGCAGAAGAAAAAGCGGUAAUUCAAGUGUAUUUACCCUUUUUUAGGCAUGGGACACUCCACAACAACAGCAUUUUGUCAAUGAACAAGUUACUUUUAGAGUAUGUUUUCAUCAUGGAAUAAUAUUCUCGAAAAUGAAAACGAUGUCCAGAUUUAGCGUUGUGAGGUUUUUCCAUUAUUUAAGCUGAAGACUGACAUAAGAAAAUGUGUUUUACAAGGUUUUGUAGUAAAGUUUGGGCUUUCCUGUCAUUAAUGGAUUCCAUUGAAAAGUUAUUUAAUGUACCAACUACACAUGCCUGUAGGUCUUUCCAAAUAACAUGAUAGUGAUUUCCUGUUGGGAUUUAACCAGUCUCAUUCGGGUGUGAAGCUGAAACACUCUGCUGACAGAUUAAUGAAACGUUGACACUAGAAGGGAGUUGCAGAUUACUCGAGAUGUGGGAGUUGAUCAUGCCAAAGUAACCAAUCCUACACACACUGUAGGUCUUUAAAACUGUCCUACAGACAAAGGUGUCCUUACUCCAGCUGUUCAGCCUGGCACAUGUGUAGAAACCUUUAGAAAACUCAGGUUAAUUGCUUAAAUGCCAGGUUCUGUUCUCCUGGGUUCUGUUGCACCAUAACAGAAUCGUAAACAUCAGCUUACCCACUAAGCAUGCUAUGUUGUUGCUAACAAAUUGCUUUACCAUUUGGGUUUAAUUUCUGCUUCUAGAUUUAUUUUAUACUUAUCUAGAUAGUUUUGUACUGUACCCAAUUAAAAGAAUAUCGCCAUAGCUGAUUUAUUUUUGUAGGAACUAAAGCAAUAGCGUUACAGUCUGAUCACUGUAGUUUCUCCACCCAUUUGUAUCGGGUUCGUGAAAGUUUGAAAGUCCCGUAUCCCUUUGUUUAAUGAGAUCUGUUUUUUUUUUUUUUGUUUUUUUUUGUUUAUUCUGGCAGAUACUUUUGUUCAGUAAGUAGAGAAUUUUGUGACAUCAAAUAGUUGUCCAGAGAUCCUGGUUGAUGCCCACGAUUACUGUAUUUUUGCCAACUAACCUUUUGUUUUUGUGCAUCUUAUUUAAUAGGUUCUGGGAUAGAUUUGGAGUUAUGUGCCAUAGUUUUGCUUAAUGAACAACUUUGUUGACUGUGAAAGACUGGGGCCUCUAUAUCAGAAAGGUUUUUGAAUUAGGAAAUGGUUUCUCUCCUGUGACGUGUUGGUCUCCUCUACGAUGAGAAUCUGUGACGCACUCCAUAUGCAGAUUGCUGUACUAUAAAGGUGGUUGUCUAUUUAAAAUGGCUCCAUGCCAGUCACUGUCUUGUCUUAGGGGAAAGUGGGAUGGAAUUGAACCACUGUUUUUUCUAUGAAAACUAAAUGUUUGCCAAGAUUAAAGUGUAUUCGCAAGUUUAUUUGUCCGGCAGAUCACAUGUGUGUCACUCAUAAAAUAACAGCUUGUCUCAAUAGGAUCAUGGGUAAAUUUAAAAAUGUUCAGUGUCUCAGGGCACUGGGUUGUGUCUGUUGGUAAUCAGAAGCAUUUCUGUUUUGAUUUGUGCAGCCAAUGUUUUCUUGAUGUGAGGUUGUGUAGGGGGCGGCUGUUUUUCACACAAUGUCAAAGAUUUAUGAACAUAUGUCAAAACGGGCGUUUUCUUUUUUAUAUUGAAGUGCCCAGCAAUACUCCCUGGUGUUGUACACUAGCGGCUGUUCAAAGCUGUGAUGUAAAAACGAUGUCCACGAUAACCCUGUUGCCUUAUAGCAUCAAGAGAAAAAAAUAAAGAUAAUCAAUUUCUUAGGCUUGCUGGCAUGCCAGACGGGAGACUGCUCAGGGGAAAUUUCUGCUGCUGUAACCUAAUCCGUACACCAUCAGGAAAAGAGCUUUUCAGGAUUCAGACAAGUACGACCUAAUUUACAGGUGAAUCUUUUUAAACCCAGGUUUGUUUAACUGCUUUAGUACAUAACCCCAGGGGUUUUCACAUCUAAAACGUUCAAGAGAUUUAGCUAUGUUGGAGUUUUGUUUUUACAGCAGCAUUAUACGUCUAUGAUGUAUUGCAGGAAUUAAAACAAAAUGCACUUUUAUUUUUGUGUAUUUUAUUUUUUUUUACUUUUCAAGAGUUUUGCUGAUCUGUUUGGGAAUAACUACAUAUGGUUCAUUGUAAAGCAAUGUUUGUCAAAUUAAAUAAAGUACUAUUUAGGUAAAAGGUAAUAAAGAUCUUCACUUCCUUUGAA